AUGGCGCAGUCGAUGCUGAUGUCCAGCUUCGGCGGAGGAAUGGCGGAAAGGUGGAAGGAGCAGCCACUGAUCCAGUUCCAGAUCCGGCGGCUACGGCCGACGCCGGUUGCUCGUGAUAUUCUGCUCCCGCUGCUCCCUCCAUCGCGUCCCCUCGGUUCUCCCGGCGGCCCCACGCUCGCGGUGUUCAAGGCCAAGGUCAGGGCCUCGCCAGCGAAGGUCCCGAUUCCUCGAUCUCGCCGGAUUAGGGCGCGGCAAUUUUGGUGUCAGGUUCGGCGGUAGGGUUUUGACAGUAUCUCUUCUUGAUGUGACCAGGUGGAGAAGGCAAAGCCCAAGGUCGAGGGUGGGAUAUUUGGUACGUCGGGAGGGAUUGGUUUCACCAAGCCGAAUGAGCUCUUCGUCGGCCGUGUGGCCAUGAUCGGGUUCGCGGUAGGUCGCUGGCUGCUGGUUAGGUUUUUCUUCUCGUGAUUUAGAGCAGCAUAAACCCUGAGUUUCUUCUUUGAGAGCUCGAUUUAAGGAUGUGCCCUGGUCGUUUCAGGCAUCUCUACUGGGAGAAGGAAUCACAGGGAAAGGGAUUCUAUCCCAGGUGAACUUGGAGACCGGGAUACCGAUCUACGAGGCCGAGCCGCUCCUCCUCUUCUUCAUCCUCUUUACUCUCCUCGGCGCCAUCGGUGCUCUGGGUGACAGAGGCCGGUUCGUCGACGAUCCUCCGACUGGUCUAGAGAGGGCCAUCAUCCCCCCGGGAAAGGCUUGAGGUCUACUCUGGGUCUCAGCGAGGGUGGCCCUCUUUUCGGAUUCACCAAGGCAAACGAGCUCUUCGUGGGGAGACUGGCCCAGCUGGGGAUCGCCUUCUCAAUCAUCGGAGAGAUAAUAACGGGGAAGGGAGCUCUGGCGCAGCUCAACAUCGAGUCGGGCGUUCCCAUCAACGAGCUCGAGCCCCUCGUUCUGUUCAGCGUCGCCUUCUUCUUUUUCGCCGCCUUGAACCGGGGAACCGGCAAGUUCGUGACGGACGAAGAGCAGGACUGA